AUGUCCUAUUCACGUAUAUCAUCUUCCCCACAUUCCACCUCGCGCCAUGACCACUCUCAUUCAAGUUCGAGUAAACCCAAAUCGACCAAAACGCGUAAAGCGAUAAUAACAUUAUUGGUUAUCCUAUCAUUGUUUUUGAUAGGAACAGUAAUUGUUUUGUCUAGCGUAUCGUACUUCCUCAAUAUACCCAAUUGGGCCUAUCUAACUGAAUCAGAAGUUUCUUGGAGACCUAGUGAUAUAAUUCAACCGCUGAAAGAUCCAUUAGAUUUCAAUGAGACGAGGAGGAUACAGCGUAGGAAAGAAUGGAGAGACGUGACUGAUGAUCUAUCAGAGGCAGAGCCAUUAGAAGCUAGUGGAGUAUUGGGGACGGAGACGUUACCGGAAUCUUGGAAGGAGUUGGAAGAGGAGAUGGAACAGUUAGAUGCGGCUGAGGAAGUCGAUGUGGAUGUGGAUGUUGAUAUACCAUUAGAUGGAGAUGAACAGGUAGAGGGAGAGACUUAUGAUGAUUCAGUGGAAUCGGAAGAUACGAUGACAACAGCGGCAGAAGCAGCAGUAUUAGAUGAUGGGAUGAUGCAGGCCGACGAUGGUGUAUGGGGAAUAGACGGUAAAGGUACAGGAGGGUAUUGGAUGAAAAAAGACUGGAAUGGGAAAGUCCAAGAUACCGAAAGUUGGGAUAGGUUAUUCAACGUUACUACCAGGCCCGGAGAGACUAUCCCUCGAUUGAUCCACCAAACAUGGAAGAGCGACGUCUUACCUGAAAAGUGGCAAAAAGCAUGGAAAGAAUGUAGAGAGGGUAUGCCCGAUUACGAAUACAUGUUAUGGACCGAUGAUGUUUCUCGGGAAUUCAUUGCCAAACAUUACCCAGCCCAUCUACACAUGUUUGAUUCGUACAAAUACCCCAUCCAACGUGCCGAUUCCAUCAGGUACUUCAUCUUACAUCAUUUCGGCGGUGUGUACAUGGAUUUGGAUAUAGGUUGUAGAAGAAGAUUGGAUCCUCUCUUGCAAGGUGAUUGGGAGGUGAUCUUACCUAUCACUAAACCUGUCGGUGUAUCGAACGAUUUGAUCUUCUCUUCGAAAGGAUCUGCUUUCAUGGAUGACACCGUCCAUGGACUUUCUACUUUCGACCACCAGUAUUUCACCAAUUACCCUACCGUCAUGUUUUCCACCGGACCAAUGUUCUUAUCUGCGCAAUACGCCUUAUAUUCCUCUGCCCACCCUUUGACCGAAACCCAUCCUCGUGCAGAAGUCCGAAUAUUACCCAAAUCACUAUACGGUAAAAACGUACCGAUGUCCACUGUGCCGCAUUCCUUCUUCUCGCACUUCUACGGCUCGUCAUGGCACGCUGACGAUGCUGGAUUUAUUACUUUCCUCGGCGCAUGGGGUAAGAAGCUCAUGUGGGUCGGAUUGGUCGUACUGGUAUCAGGUGUGAUAAGGUUGAUAUGGUUAAAGAGGAAAGCUGCGAAUGGUGGUCAACAAUAUCAAUUAUUAUCUAUCCUUCCUACGUCCAGCUCAAACUCUGGUGGGACCGGGAAUGGGAAUAGGUCCGGAGCUAGUACACCUACUUCAACGACUGGAUCAAGUGGUGGAUUGAUGUCUCCCUCGACGACAUUCGACUUACCUGGUCAAUUACAACUCAACUCCUCGGACAUUGCGAAUGUCUUCAAAAGAGCGGGCCAUCUGAUCCUGGCUGCUCCUGCUACCUUACUUUAUGGGAAUAAUGAAAAUCGAAGGAGAAGGCAGAGAACGGGUCUGUUGUACUUCGUUCCUGCUUUGUUCCAACCUGAUCAAGUUAGAAGAAGGGGAAGAACAGCUUCGGAAGCUAGUCAAUUACCAUUAAGAACGUCCAGGAGAGAUAGGGACAGGGCACCACCACCACCACCUUAUGAACCCUCUGGACAAGAUGGGUACCCCAUGACAAAGAGGGACAGGGAUGAGACGAUGGAUGAGGUAGAUGCGUUUUUGAAUUCCGAAGCGGAAGGAGAAACGAGUGGACAGUCCACGUAUAACGAUAAUGAUAAUGAUGGAGAUGGAGAAUGGGAAGAUUGGAGGAGGAAAAGUGAUGUAGAUUGA